AUGCAUUCAGUGCACUCUAAUGCGAACUUUAAGCUGAACCUUCAGUGUACACAAAGGGUUACCUCCAGCUACCCCGGCGUCGGUUCCUCAUCAGCAACGGAACGAGACCAUCGCCCGCCGUACCGGCUCUGGUGGUGUUGCUGUGGCUGUAAGAUCGAAAUCCGCCAGGAAUGCCUGCUCAAGCUCGUGCUGGAUCUGCAGGAGGCCGUGCACGAACAGGGCAACCGCCUCGAAGAAGCUCUCGCGAAGGAUCCCCUUGCCGGCAGGCAUGAAAUCAUGCGUCAAGAGGCGAUGAAACUUGCGCGCAGUUUGAACGUGAACCGCCACCAUUUCACGGUUCGUGAAUGGCAGACUAUGAAACACAAUGACCUCAGGGCCCAACAGGCGCGCGAGGAGCUGGAGCGCCGGCUGCAAGAUCGCGACAAGCGCGACAAGUCACAUGAGUCUGACCAGGACCGCCCAGCCUGGAAUUCGCUGUACUGGUCUCAAAAUGAUUACGUCCGGAGGCCGCAACCGAAGCCGGAAGCGGUGCAGCAAGGUUCUUCGAAGCCGGGCUCUUCCCCGGGCUCUUCCCCGGGUCGCAGCAAGCCAGCGGGGGCGAGGACGGCGGAAACAGAGGCGGAGGACGAAGCGGCGGAAGCGACGGCGGCGCCAGCGCGAGCGGGGCCUAUAGUACCCGUGCCAGCAGGCCUCCUCGGCGCGUUUCCUGCCGCGCCGUCCGAAACGGGAGAUGAUUCUGAGAUGCCUCGCGUCGUGCGGCCCCUGGCGGCUUACCGGCCAGGAGCCGAACCCGCGGAAUGGCGGCUGCGCAUUCUACGCGCCAAGCGCAAGGCCAUGAUGGUGAUCAGCGUCGUGCUGGCGUUCCGUGGCCGCAAGUACCGCGCCCGGGGGCUUCAGCGCCUUGAUUCGCUGUCGUACUUCAUCGCGCAACACCUGGGCACCGACUUGGAGCGAUUCGUGGAGGAGCAGGGGACAUACCGGGUCACGCGGGCGCUGGCGGAGGAGGUGUGGCGGGAGAAGAACCACCGAGAUAUGCCUCAGUCUCCGAUGUUCGAUGCCGAUCCGGACGAGUCAUCCGACCCUAUUCCUACCGUGACCUUUGCCGGGUCAUCCCGGGGCCCCCUCCCUAGCCCUGCCUUUAAGGCACCACCGUCACCGCAGCAGCAGCAGCAGCAGCGACUGCCGGCAGGCACGUCAGGCGGCGGCGGGCCGUCGUCCACGGGGCCCCCCGGAGCCGGCCGCGCCGGGUCGCCGUUGCUGCGGUCGCGGCCGAUUAACCUGACGCCCACGUUGCACCACACUCAGACGGCCGGUGCUGGCGCGACGCCGGCGCUCCCCACCGCGUCCUCGUCAGGAGCUGGCGGCGCCGGCUCCUCACGGAGUGCCCUGCCGGCCGGUGCUGCGUCUGGUGGUGGCGCCGCUGCUACCGCUGGUACUGCCGGUGUGGCUGCUGGCGGCGGCGCCGGCACCGGCUCCAGCAGCCCGUUGCCCGUACUCCGCGGCCAGAGUGAGCGCAGGUCAUCGGGGUUGGUGCCCCCACCGGGGCUGGAGGGCGAGAGCUCCGCCGGCACAGUCGCUGCCGGGGGCAAUGCGACGGUGAGUCUUGCGGGUGGAAAGAACAUUCGCUUUUCUGCGCCGGGUUCCGAGGUUGGGCCUGGGGCGGCGGGUGAGGACGACGGCACCGUCAGCACCAGCGACGCUGUACCUGCACUGUCGCCGACGGCGGCAGCGGCGACGGCGGCGUCUGGGAAUGGCGGCAAGCGCUGGGAGUCGCCGCGCUUUGCUCGCCGCACAGGCGGCGAGUUCGGUGAGGUAAAAGUACGCCACUCGAUUGGUCCGACAAACGCAAGUGGGAUCUCCGCAACCGUCCUCCGCCGGCCUUCAGCGAUAGCCAUGUUGACCGAUGAUACGGCCACGGUAGCGCGGGCGCGAUCUUGGAAUGGGCCCCCGGGGGGCCAGCCGGUGCCACAUGCGCGCAGCGCGGGCCCCGACAACACACCGUCACCGCCGUCACCUAUGGGCCGCCAGCUGCGUAAGCACCGCGAGUCAGGGCUGGGCUUGACGGGGAGCGCAUCCACCACGUCGUUGCCGCAGGCGGGCGUGGCACACCCGGCCGUCACGCGCAGCCCAACGGCGUCGGCCGAUGGUUACAUCCAUGCACCGGCGGCGGUGACCGCGGCUGCGGCACGGAACAAAACAAGCCGCUAUAACGGCGGUGGUGUGGUGCGCAUCGCCAGCGCGACGCCAUCUAGUGGCGGCGGCGCCGCGGCGCGCCGAGCGGGCCGUGUCCGUGGCAGCGCGCCGGGCGACGGGGACCGGUCGGUGCUGCGCUCUGUGUCGCCUUACGCAGAACGGCCGCGCAGUGUGGCGGGAGCGAGGGCGCUGCGCUGCAGCAGCACCAUUCGCCGGAUGGUGCAUGACGGCAGCAGCGACCAGCUGUUCCUGAGGUACCAGGAGGAGGCGGCUGCCCUGGAGCGCCCACUCCGAAUGAUGCACCUGUUCGCCAACCGCGCCAACGCGCGGUGGGUGGAGGAGCUGGCCGGCUCCUCAUCCCCGCCCGUCUCCCACUCGAAUUCCUACAAUACCUUAACAGCGGUGGGCGGCACAACCGCCGGUAACGCCGCCGCCGUGCCGUCGGGCCCCGGCUGGGAGCCGCCGCACGUGUACGACGGGACGCGGUUCUCCGCCUCUGUGGGCGCCGCUCAGGCUUCCGUGUUUAGGGCGGAGGUGGCGACGAUGCUUCGAGCGGGGCGCAUGGCGGUGCAGGUUCUGGCGGGAGAGGAGUACAUAACGAUGGGCGAUGGUCAGCAGCAACAAGCGCUGUGGGACGCCGACCCGUGGGACCUCAUCGCGACAACGUUUCCUGCCAAGGUUGCCGCUGCUGACCGAGUUCGUCACGUGCACAUGGGCCCCCGGCUGCUGAUGGCGCUGGUGGCUGCGGUGGAGGCGCUGGCGGGACCGGAGGCGGUGUCACGGCUGGUGGUAGUGCUGCACGUGAACGAUGCGCAGAAGACAGAGGUGGUGCGGGAGCUGAGGUUUCGGAAGUUCUGCGGGCUGCGGCCUGAGAACCUCGUCUUGGUGGUCCAGCAGCGGCGACCUGGCUACUACUGGGACCCCGUACAGACCAUCUUCGUGCCCGACCCCAACUCGCCGCCCGUCUCUGCGGGGAGCGGCUACGCCCUGAUGCAGCUGGUCUGGCCAGAAGAGGCGCUACGGGUUGCACGUGACACGCCAAGGACCAGCGUGGUUUCCAAGGCAGAGGCACCCUCCUGGGCGAGUGCCGGCGGCUCCGCGACCGCUGCCGCCACGGCGGCGGCGGCAGCGGCGGUGGCGGAGCCACCGCCGCUGGUGCCUCUUGGCAUGUCGGUACUGGAUUUCAUGGCGCAGCGCGGAAUCGAAUGGCUGCUGACACGGCGCCUGCGGGACAUCAACCUGUACAAUCCGGAUCUGACGUUGGAUUCGGAGGUACUGUCGUACAUGCUGUACUUGCACGACCACAUGGGCGCGAACAUAGGCCUACAGGUGGAAGUAGUGGACAGCCUGACUGCUGCCCGGGCCGCGCAGACGGGCGUUGUGAUGGCGCCGCCGCGGCAGCGGCGCACCAACAGCACCGGGUCGGGUGCGGCAGCGGCAGCAGCUGCGUCAGCGCUAUCGUCGUCCAUGCGCCUUGGCGCGCCACUGCCUCCGCGCCGCGCCGCAACGUAUACGACUGGAGGCGGCGCUGGCGCUGGCCCUGGCCCUGGCGGAGGGCCGUAUCGUGCGGGCAGCGACGUGGGAGCGGUAUCACAGCCGGAGGGUGGCAGCGUGGGGGCCGGCCCUGGCGGUCCAUUGCACCCGCACAUGGUGGUGGAUGUGAAAAACAGCGACCUGGGGACCCCCCGCACGAUCCAGCUGCUGACGGAGCUGCGCACCCAGGCCAAGGGCAAGCUGGCAGUCAGCACUCGGAGGUACCUGUGGCGAGUGGAUGUCCUGCAGAGUCUAAUCCAGCGCAGCAGCAUCUUUCACCCCAGCUUGGAGGUAGCGGGGGACGUGGCGUACCUCACCUUUGACAUGGCCGACCUCACGGCAGCCACUGAAUGGGGCGCGCGCUGCGUGGCGGUAUCUGCCGGCGGCCGGCCCAUCCGCAACCUGAACACGCUGAGCGAAUUGGAGGACCUGCUUAUCGCUGUCCAGGCACAGGACGCACACGCGCCUUUCCGCCGCUUGGCUGGCAACGUCACUCCCGCGUUCGGUCUCGCGCACGGCGCCACGGACUCGCCGCAUGCCCCGCACGCCAUCACCCUCCACCCCGCUGUCAUCGGCGGCGGUGGCGGCGGUGCUGCCGCCGGCGGCCAGGACCCUUCCGCCUCCUCGCCUACCUCCGGCGCUGGCGUUGGGCCCGUGGCUGACCUCCGCAACAUCGCCCCCGGCCAGUGCAUUGUCAUACUAGUGGCUGAGAAUGAGAGUACGAGCAUGGCCGUACAGUUGGUGAUGGCGCUGGUAAAGCCCGGCAGGGAUCGGGUGGUUCUGGUGACGGUGGUGCCGUCGGUGCUGCAGGAGUCGGCAGGACGGCUGUUGCUGCGAAAGCACGAGAUGUCGAUCAUGAAGACCAUGGUGGACGUGUCCGCACAGUUGCUGACGAAGAACCCCGGUAGCAAUCUCAUUGACCAGCUGGAAGCGUUCAUUGACGACGUAGGCCCCCAGCUCGUCGUCAUGGGCAGCCAGAUGCUCGCCACGUCGCAGGGCCUCGCACACGGCCAAGCUGCAGCCAUGUCCAGCAGCGGCGGCGCCGGCGGCGGAGGCGGCGCUGGAGCUUCCUUGGGCAGUCUGGGGGCCAUCUACAGCUCCGGCGCAAGCUUCAGCGGCGGCGCGGGCGGUGGCAGCCAUGGCGGUGCAGGGUCGACAGUUCUGGGUAGCAUAACGGUAUCAAUGCUGCGCAACCUGACGCGGCCUAUGCUGAUUGUCAAGGCCAAUGCCAAGUUCGCUUCGCUCGUCUGGGACAAGGACAAGCUGCGCAUGCUCCUAGAGGUGCACCACAGCAGCCGCAACAUGUUGCGGUACGUGUGCUCCAAACUGGUGACGCCUACACGCCACGACAAGAUUUUUCUCACGCGCGGUGGCGCCAGAGACGCUUCACAGAUGGAAAUCACGACCAGUCGGCGGCUGCUGGAGAACUUUUCCGACAUCGCGACGCAGUACAAGGUGUCGGCGGUGAAGCGCGCUCUGGAGGAGCCCUUCGAGUCGGGGGCCAUCAAGUGGGCCGAGCACGACAAGGUCCACCUCAUCGCCGUGCACGCGCCUGCAGGCCGCGGCCUCGCCAACUCCACCUUCCAAAUCCUGCGGGCAGCACGCAGCGCUGUGCUCGUGUACAAGUCCAACGACCCUAAUUGA